AGGUGUCCUCAAUAUGUGGUUCAUGCGAAAUGUGCUACUAGAAAAGAUGUGUGGAACGGGAAAGAACUCGAAGCCUGAAGAGACAGAAGAUAUAGAGCCAUAUGUGGUAAUAGAUGAUAACACAAUACAACAUUUCAGCCACAAAGAGCAUCACCUCAAGUUUCACGUUAGUGGUCUUCUCUGCGAGGAAAGCAAGCGGUGCAGCGCUUGCACCCAGUCCAUUUGUUUCCAGUCCUACUAUGACUGCAGUAACAAUUGUGAUAUUUUUCUCCACCAAAACUGCGCUAAAUCUCCAAGAAAAAAAUGGCAUGUGCUACACAAUGACCGGCUUACAUUAGUCACAAAAGAGGGUCAUAAAUUUCUUUGCCACGCUUGUCAUAGACUGUCCAAUGGUUUCAUCUACCAAUGUGGAAAUAAGAAUUUAGAUGUUCUGUGCGGUUCAUUUUCAGAGCCGUUUGUCCAUCCAAGCCAUCCGCAACAUCCUUUAUAUUACAUCCCAUCAGAGGAACCACACAAAUGCCAUGGUUGCAACAGCAGUAAGUUACCAUCUCCUCCUGUGCUUACGUGCAUUGAAAGUGGUUGUGGAUAUGUCUUAUGCUUCCAUUGCGCCACUUUACCACAAAAGGUAAAGCAUAGAGUAGACGAUUAUCUUCUCUCACUAUGCUACGGCGAAGAGGCCAUUGGCAAAUACUGGUGUGACAUUUGUGAAAAAGAAACGGAUCCAAAGACAUGGUUCUACACGUCUAUAGAUGACAGAGCUAGUUUGCAUACAAAGUGCGUGAUGGGAGACUUAUCAGGGCUCAUGCCAGGAAGCACGGUAAAGUUUUUCAGCAAGUCAUAUAAGGUGCUUCUCAACGAUAGUAUCUAUCGUCCAUUUUGCAUUGGGUGUAAGUUACAUUGCAUUUUUCCUAUCAUCUGGAAAAUUGGAACCUCAGAUGAAUACAUUUGCUCUUUGGACUGCGCACGCAUAAUAUUUAUGAAUAGAUGA